AUGGCGCAAGUCGAACGAUCAUCUCCAGCAGCCACCGCAGCUGCAAGCACAGCACCAACACCGCUCGGAUCGGUCACAGAGCCAUUCGAUCUCAUCCGUCUCUCUAUCUCAGAACGUGUCUACGUCAAGCUUCGAGGCGAUCGCGAACUGCGCGGAACGUUGCAUGCAUACGAUGGACACAUGAACUUGAUCCUUGGAGACGUGGAGGAGACCAUCUACGUUGUCGACGUCAACGACGAGAGCGGGGCAGAGACCGUCAGGGUGGUAAAACGUCAGAGCGAAAUGCUCUUCGUUCGUGGAGACAGUGUUAUCCUCGUCUCUCCUCCUUCCAGCACGUGA